UUUCUUACAGCUUCAAUCCUGUACACAGCUGUUAUACGCGGUAAAGUGGCAUUGCCUUGUGACAUAUCACCUCCAGCUGCCGAUGAUGCGGUAGUGUUAAUUUUAUGGUAUAAAGACGAAGACCCUGCCCCAAUCUAUACUUUAGAUGCUAGGAGAGGAACAGUCGAACAAGCGAGGCAGUCAUCUAGUCCACAUUUGGACAGUAGGGCUUACUUCAAUAUGAUCAACAGGCCGGCUUUCCUGCAACUAGAUCCUGUACAAGAAGGUGAUGCUGGAGAAUACAGAUGCAGAGUUGAUUUUCGGAAAGCAAGGACGGUCAAUACUGUCAUUACAUUAAAAGUUAUAGUGCCCCCGGGUGAACCAAUCAUCACUGAUGAAGAAGAUAGGCACGUAAAGGGUUUGAUAGGUCCUUAUAACGAGGGAGAAAGUUUAAGAUUAACAUGUGAAGCAGUAGGAGGAAAGCCUCGUCCUGCUGUAACUUGGUGGAGAGAAUAUGCUUUAGUGGACGAUUCGUACUCAUUCAUACCAGGUGAUAACUUGGUGAGAAAUCAAAUCGAAAUAACAGAACUCAAACGUCACGAUCUUCUAGCUGUGUUUACAUGUCAGGCGUCCAACAACAACAUCACUGUUCCUGCCUCAAGUGCCGUUACUCUAGAUCUAAACUUGAAGCCAAUGGAGAUCAAUGUAGUACCUUAUCAACAACCAUUAUCAGCUAACCAAGAAACAGAAAUCACGUGUACAACGACAGGCUCAAGACCAGCUGCUGUUAUUACUUGGUGGAAAAGUAACAAACAAAUGAAGUCAAUGCGUGUUAAUGUAACUCAAAAAGGGGAUAAAACUACCAGUAUUAUCACAUUUACACCAACCAAGGAGGACAAUAGUAAAUAUUUCUCAUGCAGAACUCAUAAUCCAUUGAUACCAGGAAGUGCAUUAGAAGAAGGAUGGAAACUGGAAGUAUAUUAUACUCCAGAAGUGUCAUUGCAGUUAGGGAGCAAAUUCAAGAAAGGUGAUAUCCAAGAAGGUAAUGAUGUGUAUCUGGAAUGUAACAUCCAAGCCAAUCCAUGGGUAUCAGAAGUCAGUUGGUAUUUCGAAGGCCACGAAUUGAGAACAAACACGUCAGCUGGAAUUGUGAUCAGCAAUCAAUCCCUUGUACUACAAAAAGUUCAACGAGUUAAUCGUGGAAGAUACUACUGUAUGGCUACAAAUAGUGAAGGGCAUGGAAGAAGUAAUGAAGUAUUCUUGAGAAUAAGAUAUGCACCAGAGUGCAAAAUUGGCCAAAAGAAAGUUUAUGGUGUUGGUAGGCAGGAGACACUUCUUGUUUCCUGCAAUCUUGAUGCUGACCCCGAAGAGAUCAAUUUUCGUUGGAGAUUCAACAGCUCUGGUAAAAGCUUAGAUAUAACAAAUGUGAAAGUAGAAGGAACUAAAAGUCUUGCAACUUACGUACCGAAUUCUGAUGAUGAUUAUGGUUCUCUCAUAUGUUGGGGUACAAAUAGUGUAGGAAGACAAAGAGAACCAUGCAUUUUUACAAUCAUACAAGCAGGACCUCCUGAGGCUUUAUACAAUUGUUCCAUGGUUAACCACACAGAAGAUUCUUUGCAAGUUGAAUGCAGCGAAGGAUACAAUGGAGGAUUGACGCAGAUUUUUACAAUGGAAGUAUAUGACACUACAGACCAUCGCCUACAGGGUAAUAUAACUUCUGUCCAACCGACUUUCUAUAUUCAAGAUCUGCCAAGUGGAGCUGUUCUACGUCUAGUUUUGUAUGCUUCGAAUAAAAAAGGCAGAAGUCCGCCCAAUUUUUUAACAGCUAGUACACUACAAAAACCUGAAAAAUUAACUGGUGAGACAUAUUUUCAUAUAAAUAUUAAAGAUAUUUUCAUUUAUGAACUGCAGAUAUGUAUGUAUUUAUAUUUUGUAGCAUCAGCUAGAGCAAAUGGCUCGACAGACAAAUGCCAAACUCCUUUAAAGAAAGAUACAGAUGAUAUGGCAGACAGUGAAGAAAAAGGACCAGACAUCAUCCCAGCCAAAAUAAUAAGUCGUGUACACUGUCUUGAUGACGUUAAAGAAUCAUCAUCUCCUCCAACUAGUACAGCUGCCAUAUGUCAUUGGAGUUCUUCCUCGAGGGAAGUCGUGUUCGAGAAUACUUUACCAACACAAGCUUGUUCCACAUUUAGAAAACCUGAAGAUGUUACGUACGCUGAAUUAGCUCUUCCCAAGGAUUUACAAAGUUCAGCGACAGUUACAGUUAGAAGAAAAGAACCACCAACAGAAUAUGCAAAACUCGAUUUACAGCGACAUAUGCCCUCUCAUAUUGUUGUAGGAGAACGAGACGACGACGAAGAAGCAGCAUGUACAUCGUGUGAAACACCAUUAAUGAACAAUAAGAGAGAAAGUGCAGUGUAUAAAGACAGCACCAGUUCCCAACCACGGAGGCGUCAUGCCUGUCUAUGCCAAACUCCUUUAAAGAAAGAUACAGAUGAUAUGGCAGACAGUGAAGAAAAAGGACCAGACAUCAUCCCAGCCAAAAUAAUAAGUCGUGUACACUGUCUUGAUGACGUUAAAGAAUCAUCAUCUCCUCCAACUAGUACAGCUGCCAUAUGUCAUUGGAGUUCUUCCUCGAGGGAAGUCGUGUUCGAGAAUACUUUACCAACACAAGCUUGUUCCACAUUUAGAAAACCUGAAGAUGUUACGUACGCUGAAUUAGCUCUUCCCAAGGAUUUACAAAGUUCAGCGACAGUUACAGUUAGAAGAAAAGAACCACCAACAGAAUAUGCAAAACUCGAUUUACAGCGACAUAUGCCCUCUCAUAUUGUUGUAGGAGAACGAGACGACGACGAAGAAGCAGCAUGUACAUCGUGUGAAACACCAUUAAUGAACAAUAAGAGAGAAAGUGCAGUGUAGCAUCGACGAACAAGAACAAAAUGGAAAUAAAAUAAGAUAAAAUAAAAAAAUACAAAUAUAUAUUAAAAAAAAGAAUAUAUAAGAAUUCAUCCACCGACAGUAAAGACAGCACCAGUUCCCAACCACGGAGGCGUCAUGCCUGUCUGUUGGUUACACAAAAAUCCUUCAGAAUAAAGAUCAACCUCAACCCUUUCCCUAGCGUGAAUCAAAGCUUGCGUGUAGGAUCUUAACGGGGGAGAACUUUUAUCAUAAAUUUAGCGUUGGGAACGGCAGAAGUGUGCUGUCUACGAUAAAUCAGACAGAUGGUUGUGAAGAAUACAGACGGUCCUCACUGUAAUCACGUGUUAAACCGUACUGUAAAAAAUAAAAUAAAAUAAAAUAAAACGAACCCACUUACUCCCCUUCCGGCUGUGGUGCUUGUGAAUUCGCGCGACAAUCCAAGGAUUCAAAAGAAGAUUAUGUGUGUUCUGUUUAUGUAUGUUUAAUAAAUGUAUAAAGAAAGAACUAUAAAAAACAAAAAGAAGUACGGAUUUAGCUGCCAUUAAGUGAAGAAAUUCGAAGACAGUAUAACAGAGAUAUGAAUAAUAAUAAUAAUAAUAUAAUAAUAAGAAAAAGUUAAAUCGCUCAGGACUUGUCGAUAUAAAAAUUAAUGCUCUUGGACAUUUGAGAAUAUUCA